AUGGUCACUCUGAUGUCCGUGGCCCUUGGUCCUCCCUGGACGAACACGCUUAUGUUUGUGUACGAGAACAGCCUGGAUGCAAUGAACAGGAACAUGGAAGGUCUGGUUGGAAGUGGCACUUUCGCAGCCGGCCAGUGCAGAAAUGUCAUGGCCCACUCCACGCUGGGGGUUCACGCGUCCGGCGUGGUGCAGGACUCCAGUUACCCGGCUGUGGACGUUUCUAGCCCGGGGUCCGGGGCGUCGGGCAAACAGUGCGCCCCUCAAGGUCCUUCCUCGGUCCCUCUGCCUUAUGGGUAUUUCAGCAACAGCUAUUAUCCCUGCAGAAUGGGGAGGGUUUCCCUGAAGUCGUGCACCCAACCCACCACCCUCAGCUACUGCGCAGACAAGUACAUGGAAGCCCCAGCAUCAGCAGAGGAGUACCCGAGCAGGGCCAAGGAGCUGGCCUUUUACCACGGCUACCCCAGCCCGUACCAGCCCACGACGAGCUACCUGGACAUGUCUGUGGUCCAUACCCUGGGAGCGGGAGAACCACGGUACGACACCCUGCUGCCGGUGGACAGCUGUCAGCCGUGGGCGCUGGGUGGACAGGCUGGACAUCUGUGGAAAUCCGCCCUAGCAGACAUGGUGGCUCAGCACCCCGACGGAGGUCCUUUCCGCCGCGGUAGGAAGAAGAGGACUCCCUACUCGAAGACGCAGCUGAAGGAGCUGGAAAAGGAGUUCGCCGCCAACAAAUUCAUCACCAAAGACAGCAGGAGGAAAAUUUCCACUGUAACCAACCUGUCGGAGAGACAAAUAACGAUCUGGUUUCAAAACAGAAGGGUUAAAGAGAAGAAAUACGAAGCAAAACUAAAGAAUGCUCCUUCUUAA